UUCGCUGUGCAAACAACAAAUCUGUAUUAAUUUUUCCGUUGCGAAUGAAAACGCGAGUGGCUUUUAAUAUGAAAGUGUACUAAAAUAAAAACACACACACAAAUAACAAUAAAUAUUAUAAAAUAAUAUUACUAAAUUUAACUUGUACUAGUUUUUGAGAAGUGAAAAAAAAAAGAAUUGGCAAAAAAUGCAUUUCAUAAAUAUUUUAUACGCACUCGUUGUAUUGUGUGCCGUUUCAGCGCCAACUUUUGGCAAUCACAACAAUGCGCCCAACUGCAGCGGUGGCACAUCAUGCCCAAUAAGUGGCAGCAGUGGCAGUAGUACAACAACUACCACAGGCGCUACCACCACCGCCAAAAGUGGUGCAUUGAGCUCUACAACUGAAACUGUGCAAAGCAACAACAAUUAUGAACAUUUUUUAAAAGAGAAACCCAAAGAUCUGCAAACCUGUCAGCGCAAAUCAGCUGAUUUUGAUAAAUGCAUCGUAAAUGCAUAUCAGCAUAUAUUCAGUACAUGGAAAAAUGGCAUUAAUGACGUUCCCCACUCUGUACCCAUUGAUCCGUUAUUUGUACGCGAGUUCGAAGUGAUCGAAGAUCGUGAAAAUAUUACACCAAUUACAGUGAAAAUGAAUAAUAUAACAGUAACCGGUUUAAGUGAAGCGAAGGUGAAGAGUGUCAACUUCAAGGACAACGAGUAUGACUUCAAAAUGACCUACUUAGUGCCGAAAAUACGUCUUAAUGGGCAGUAUACGGCGCAAGGACAAGUGUUGCUGCUCAAAAUCGACACGGUUGGUGAAAUGUUUAUGGAAAUAAUUGAAGGUCUCUACACCGUUACAACGAAAGUUAAAUUGCGCACCGUUGAAAAUCACAAGUUUUUCGAUUUGAAAGCAUUGCAAUUUAAUGUGGACUCCAUCAAGGACUUACAUUUACAUUUCGCCAAUUUGUUCAAGGACAAAGUGCUGAACGAUAAUACGAAUGCGGUCUUCAAUGGUAGCUGGCGUGUUUUCUUCGACAUUUUCAAACCGAAAAUCGAAGCGGAAAUCAAUAAAGUACUCUUGGCGCAUUUCCGCAGCGUAUUCGGCCAGGUGCCGGCUGAAUAUUUCAUUGCCGAUGUUACAGCAGCAGUGGAGAGCAGUAAGACUGGUACGCAUAGCAGCUUACACAGUAGCAGCAGCAGUGAUAGUGCCAAGGUUGUCACACAUUUAGAGUUGCAGCAGCAGGCGCCACCACAGCAUGGCUCUUCCGUCGCUCAUGCUACUACGAAAGUGCCGGAGAAGGCAAAUAAAGUGCAUUAGUAUUUUUUUUAUAUUCAAAUGUCAUAAAAGUGGCUGUAGAGAAAUAAAAAAAUUCUGUAAUUCUCCUAUUAUAGGAUUAACUUUAA